AAAUCAAAACAAAACCACAAUAAACAAUAAUACAAAGCCAUCUAAAGAAGAAGAAGAAGAAGAAAGAGAGAGAUGAGCUUUUCAUCGACGGCGGGAUAUUUGGCUCGGCGAGCCGCCCAGAAGGAGAGGGUUCGGAUCCUUUACCGGCGAGCUCUCAAAGACACUCUCAACUGGGCCGUUCAUCGCCAUCUCUUUUACAAAGAUGCGUCGGACCUUCGGGAGAGAUUCGAAGCGAACAGACAUGAAAAUCUUGACACAAUAGAUAAGCUGAUAGAGAAUGGGGAAGCUUCCUAUGAUAAGUGGCGCCAUCCUGAUCCCUAUAUCGUUCCAUGGGCUCCUGGUGGUUCUAAGUUUACAAGAAACCCAAUUCCACCUGCAGGGAUCGAGAUCAUAUAUGACUAUGGGCGGGAAGAUCACUGAAAUCUUCAUUAUCGUGGUAAUAAAUAAAGGACGAAAUGGUUCGUGGCCUCACAAUAGUUGAUGAUGAUAAAAGGAGCUCUUUGAUGUGUAAACUUGAAUGAACACAAUCAUAGUAUUUCCUUGUUGAUUUGCUUUCUAGUUUUUGUUCAGAUAUGCAAAUUUGACAUAGAAAAAGUCACCAUUGGAAGGAUGUGUGAUAUGCUUCAACUUUUGGUUAAUUUAAGUGUUCAUCCUUUGCAUA